UACCUAUUCUCGCCAUCACCUACACGACAUCACCAUCAUGGCGGACGUGGAGAGUUCAGGCGCACCAGCUGAACCCCAGUCGAGAAAUAUAACCUACUGCGGAGUCUGCACGUUGCCUCCGGAGUACUGUGAAUUUGGUGGCACUGUCAAGAAAUGCCAGGAAUGGCUUCAGAAAUCGCACCCGGACAUGUACGAGCGUCUGUGGUCUGCCGAUGCCCUUGAAGCUGCAACGUCAACCCUGUCCAUCGAGGCCCGCAAGCGCGCCGAGAAAGACGCCCACAAGAAAGCCCUGAAAGCCGAAGCUGCAGAAGCCAAACAAGCUGCCACGAUCGCAUCCUCGAAGGUCAUCAUCAAGCGAGUAGAGCGCAACAAGCGAAAGUUUGUCACAGCCGUGACUGGAUUAGAGGCAUUUGGUUUGGACAACAAGAAAGUUGCGAAGGACUUCGGGAAGAAGUUUGCCACGGGAAGCAGUGUCACGAAGCUUCCGAGCGGAGGGGAGGAGAUUGUUGUCCAGGGUGAUGUGAGCGAUGAGAUUGAGGAGUUCUUGCUGGAUAAUUAUAAGGUUAUUCCGGAGGAUAAUAUUGAGCUAGUGGAGGACAAGAAGAAGAAAAAG